AUGGACAGCAAGUAUGGACAUGACGGUUGGGUCAUUUCAAAGCAGCAAGGAGCAAGCAACGGGCCAGUCAAGCAACAUGAGCAGCCAUCGAUCUUCGUCGUGCUGUUCGUCGCGGGAUUGUCUGUAGAAGACGGCAUCAUGUACCUACAGUACGUACCUACUGUCGUCUUGACUGGACACUGGACAGUGCAGAAGGCAGUGGGCCCUGGGCAUUACCCCCACGCCCCCAGCAAAGCAAAGCAAAGCAAAGCAAAGCAAAGCAAAGCAAAGGGGGCUGACCGUGCUAUGGCCGCCAACGAACUGUUGAGACCUGGCCCCGGGAUGGGAUGGAAACCGGAUGUUCCACGCCCGCCCGCCUGCAAUGUCCAUCAUGGUACAAAGACGACAUGGGAACCGUCAACCACCCUUGGCAUAUCAUCUGACACUCUAUCACAUAUUGUCGACUCCCCUGGAACAAGGACCCAUGUAGUAGAGAGGAGAGUCUGCGCUGUUUGCACCCUCCAGCUCGAGGCGACCACAUCUGUAACAGCAGUCUGCCUGCUCUGGUGCGAGUCGACGUUUUGUGGAAAGCAAGUUCCCAACACAACACAAGUGCACCCAAAGAAAAAAAAACCCUGA